AUGAGGACGGCCGUCCUCGCGAGCCGUUUCUGUUUAAGCCGUGGUAGAAAUCCACUACUACUGUCCCGCCUUCUUCCGCAGCCUCCAUUGCAUUUCGCGCGCAGGCCAUUAUGGACGCAGCAGCCUUUGCGAAGGCCCCCGAGGGGAGGUCCCUCGAUCAGAACUGUUCUCAUUGCUGCUAUGACGCCAGGAGCAUUCCUACAACUGGCCGAGGAUGGAGAUGACGACAACGGGAAGACCGGCGAGAUGCAGAUGCUAGAAGUCUCGCGCCAGGAGGUACGAAAGACCGUCGACGACGAUGCGCGAGGCUUGAAGCGAAUCUGGCAAACACUCUACGUCUUUACAUACUGUUACAUAUAUGAUCCGAUUGCGACGGGCUUCCGGUUUGUCCAUCUCGUCAUAAUCUUCCUACCUGUCAUCCUUACGGCUCCGACGAUAUGCUUUGGAAAGCAGUUGAAGGAUCGCGAGGGCAUACGCACAGGGACUCUCUGGUGGUAUAGGUUUUUGGUCCGAUCUAUGGAACGCGCAGGCCCAGCGUUCAUCAAGCUUGGACAAUGGGCGGCCUCACGUACCGAUAUCUUCCCACCGGAACUCUGCGACAUCAUGUCAUCACUGCACUCCAAUGCACCUGCACACUCAUUGCAUCAAACGAAGCGAACAAUAAGGAAGGCGUUCAAUUGGCUGCCAUUCGAAGACAUAUUCGAGGAAUUCCAAGAAGAACCAUUGGGCGUGGGCGCUAUCGCGCAGGUAUACAAGGCGAAGCUGAAACCCAAUCUUGCGGGGACCGAUGACGAUAUCGACCUUCAUCCACAUGGUCUACGAGACAAGGUACGAAAGAACGUUGGGGCGUUAGUCAAGAGCUCUCCCCAAAGAGUACCGUCGUCCUAUGUAGCCGUGAAGGUGCUUCAUCCGAGGGUAGAACGCGUGAUUCACAGAGAUUUGAAAAUCAUGUCGUUCUUUGCAUCCUUAGUCAACGCCAUACCUACCAUGAAUUGGCUAUCUUUACCGGAUGAAGUUCAUCAGUUUGGUGAAAUGAUGAAAUUACAAUUGGAUCUACGGAUUGAAGCCACAAACCUCGUCAUGUUUCGUGAGAAGUUCAGGUCACGCACCACAGCCUGGUUCCCAUACCCGUAUCUGGACUACUCUACCCGCGAGGUGCUCGUGGAGGAGUUUGCACAAGGUAUUCCACUAUCGACCUUCCUCGAGGUAGGUGGAGGUGUCUACCAAGAAGAGAUCGCGAACGAAGGCCUAGAUGCUUUCCUCCAUAUGCUUUUAAUCGAUAAUUUCGUUCACGCGGAUCUGCACCCCGGAAAUAUCAUGGUUCGAUUCUACCGGCCGAGUGAAUUGGACCUGUCACUGGGAAAUAAGUCUCGCGCAUCGGAGGCACCAUCUGCGGAAGAGGUUGAUGUUACAGAAUCUGUGCUUGCACGGUUGCGCCCACAUAUCAAUAAUCGGCGCGACUGGGUGAAAGCGCUUGAUGAUUUAAAUACUGAAGGCUAUCGACCCCAGCUCAUAUUCAUCGACACUGGACUGGUGACUCAACUAAAUGAACUUAACCGGCGCAAUUUCAUUGACCUGUUUCGCGCCAUUGCCGAGUUCGAUGGGUAUCGAGCAGGUGAACUCAUGGUCGAACGAUGUCGUCAACCGGAUGCAGUGAUCGACCCAUAUUACUUCGCCCUGGGCAUGGAACACCUGGUGCUAAACAUCAAGUCACGCACGUUUGCCCUCGGUAGCGUCAAGAUUGGAGAUGUACUGAGUGAUGUCCUAUCCAUGGUCCGUAAACAUCACGUUCGACUCGAGGGGGAUUUUGUUAAUGUUGUUAUCUCAUGUCUUCUCCUUGAGGGCAUUGGACGUAAUUUGGAUCCCAACCUUGAUCUUUUCAAGAGCUCCCUUCCCAUUCUACGGAAAUUGGGAUCUAACACUACCUCUUUCAAAUCCGUCCGGUCCGGCGACAUGUCCAUGCUUCGCGUAUGGGUAGGGCUGGAGGCGCGCGGAUUGCUCCAAAGCAGUUUUGAAACCGUCGAGCAGUGUGUCAAAUACGAUCUCUUAUCGCCUAACAUAUGA